UGGAGGUUUCAUCCCCAUAUCACCAAAAAUAUAUAUUAAAAUGAACGUUCUCUAAUUUAAAAUAGAAUAGCUAACGUGACGUGUUAAAUGCCGCCGAAUAAAUGACUUACUAGUAUUUACCGUUAUACGCGGCUGAUUCUGUCACUGAAAGAAGGUUGUAUCGUUUAAAAAUACAUCGAUGGACAUACAUACCAAAAGCGCACUGGUGCGCACUUUUUUGUACUGCUAAAACAGACAGACCUUGUCACGAGAUUUUUUUAUUUACUUAAAUCCCGAGGAUACAUUUGUUAAGAGGAUACCUGAUCUAUUGUUGUGCUGGAACUAUAUCUGUUAAACGGCGCUUAACAUUAGCCAUCGUGGUUCUUGGAUUUCGGUCAGUCUUUGUUCGUAAUACAUAGAAGCAACGACAAGAUGUCGAGAUUUUCGCAGCAAACCAUUCAAAUCGCUCUUGCAGUUGUUAUUACGGCUCUGGCGGCAGAGGCUUAUACGACCAGCAGCGCCAACAACCUCUAUACGGCCCUCUCGUUCCAGUAUCAGCGGAUAGUCAGGCCCUCAAACAUCACAAGCGUCGCCGUAAAGUUUGGCGUCAGCAGCAUCAACUUCCUGGAUGUGAGGAGUCAACAGUUUUCCGUGACGGGUUGGAUAGAAGCAUCAUGGGUGGACGGACGCUACUCAUGGGUACCGAGCGCGUUUGAGAACAUCAAAUACAUGUACCUGGGUUCCACCACGUGCUGGAACCCCAAACUCGCCGUGCAGAAUGCAAUGGCAGGCUCAAUAAGUGUCGAGGAGGAGCUUGCGUUUCGGAUUGACAGCACCGGGAACGUGUCGACCACCCUUUGGGGCGUGUUCACGGUUCACUGCUCCACUGACUCAGCCUAUUACCCAUUUGACACGCAGUCGUGCUCAAUACGUGUGGCCAGUGCAUAUCCCAGCGACUUUGUGGUACUGGUCUCGGAAGGUAUAGACACGAGUCAGGUGACAAAUAGCGCGGAGUGGACUCUGACGUCAGCCUCCUCGUCCAACGACACAUUAACUCACAGUGUGUUGACCUUCACCUUUGACCUCGCGCGACGGAGCUCAUACUCUUGGCUCUACCAAGUGUUGGUGCCCGUUGCCGUCUUGUCCUUCUUGGGCCCCUGCGCAUUCAUCGUUCCUCCGGAAUGUGCGAGUAAACUGGGACUUCCGGUGGCCGUCCUACUGGCGGAAGUGCUGUUUGCAGUGAUCAUCUUCCAGGAUGUGCCUAUCUUGGGAGAUGCAACACCAAUUAUAAGUACAUAUAUCUUAAUAUUGAUCAUAUUAAGUUCAAUAGAGACACUCUUUACUACCAUCGUCAUUCGCAUCCACCAGAACAAGGCGAGGCAAUCCAGCAUGUCUAGUAUAACUCGUGUGGCGACCGCGCUCUUGACGACGGUUACGUGCGUAUGUUGCGAUCGAAAGGAGGCCGCUGCUUCCUCAUCGCCAACGGAAAGCGAGAUCGAAUCCCACGUGGAAUGCGCACAGGCUACAGAGAUCCAGCUACCUGAGGUGAAAAACCACAUCAAGCGUCGACUGAGUUUGAAGACGAUAAGCCCUGACAAUAGCUUUGCCACCUCCAGUAAGGAGAAUUUCCAAAAGGGGCGGCACUCACGGGCGUGGGCGGAUACCGGGACGCUUUGUGGGCGGGGCGAAGUCAGGGAAACCGCGUGGGAGGAACUGGCACGAGCGAUGGACAGAGUUUUCCUAAUUGUGUUUAUAAUUUUGCGGUUAAUUUUGACGGUUGUGUACACAACACAGAUCAAAAGCGGAAGCAGUUAAGUUCAGUUUUGACUUAUUACAAAUCCCACACCACCAGAACUUAGACUUCUUGUUAAAUGUUUGAACGGAAGUAACAUGUUUGUUUAUUUGUUAUUAUGUAUAACUUAAUAAAUAUUUGCGAUCAGUACUUACAUAACGUUAUAUCCUGGACAAGGAAAGGCAGCGAACCUCAGAAUGGAGUUCUAUCGUAAGCUACAACAUUUUAAAAGGUAAACAUUCAUGUUAUUAUUCCCGGUGUUUAAAUAGCAUGCAAUAUAUUAACUAUAUUUAUACCAAAACAAAAGAAUAGCAUGUACAUACAGACAGUGAACAUUUUAAUGCAGUGUAUGCGCUACUAGGCGAAUGAAUCGACCACUCUGUGCCGUGUAAGUACUGUGAUCAUUUGUGAUUAAAUGCUAUUCAAGAUAAUAUUUACUCGACACGCUUGCUGAUAUUAAGCAAUGGUCGACAACUCUUGAAGAGCAUUUCAAGAGACAGCUGUAUAUAGGCAGAUUGCCUUGUUCCAGACGUGAUUCCAGAUAAUGCCGGUGAAAACAAAAUAGAAAUAAACUCAUGGACAAUGCGAAUGUGCAAAUUCUCAACUGAUAGAAUGAUUUGAAUGAAAUAACAUCGUUGUACUUUAAAACAUGGCAAGUGCUGUUAAAAUCUCGAUAAUUGGAUGAAACCUACAAUGCAAUUAACUAUUGCAUGUGAAAUUAAACGUGUUCAUUUGCUCUGAGUCAGACACUACACUUUUACAGAUGUUUAUUCGACAAGAGCUAAAUGCAGUGUAUUAAGGUAGCAGAUGAAUGUACGAUAACUGGUGGACGACACAAUACGUGUGUACAUUUUUGUGUCAGGUCUUAAAUGCAUAAUCGCUCUUUACAGGCAAUACAGUGGCAAACUAGUUAACUGUCAAAUAAAGCUUGUUAGAAAUAACGUUAUGCAGAGUAAAAGUGUUAGCAGGCAUUAAUAUUGACACAUGUACAUACGUCCAGAUAUUUUUAAGUCAACUUUAAAGUUUUAUUUAUUAAAGUUUUUAUUACGUGAUGUUAGGACACCUACUGCGAAACAUUUUUUAAAUAUUAAUUGUAUUAUUUUUUGUUUGCUAAAUUGCAUAUGUUGGGUGUUUUGAUAUUCUUAUUUAUAAACAUGGAUAGCAGUGGGUUUAUUAUAGAUUAUAAUAUUCUUAUUCAGAAAUGCAUUUUAGCUUACCUGAGCACAACGUGCUCAUUGUGAAAUUACAUGAUUACCAUUUGUACAUCGUUCGUCAUCAAUCGUGCGUUAGAAUAUUUAUCCCAUUUGUAUCUCGACCGACUUCAAAACUGGGUCAACAAAAAGAACACUUGGUUAAGUUAAAUAAAACAUUUUUGCCCAAUCAUCGUGAAAAUUGCUUACAGCACUUGUUAUAAUGCUAUCUCAGUUCGAAAGUGGUUCCGGUCCUUUUGAAAAAAACAUGGCCUCCACAGGGCGAGAAAGUUUGCCUUACAGUAUGGCGAGAAUUAACCGUGUGAACAUCCUUUAAUUAAUACCAUUCACACCUUUUCCAAUCGUCAUACACAUUUAUCAGAACAUUUUUACUAAGAAUAUUACGUCUGAGUUCCAAAAUAGUUUUGGUCCAUUCAUAAGAAAUACCGCAAGGGGGCGGGCCAGUUUUCCUUAAAUUGAUAUUGUGAAGCCUUGCGAGCACUCUCAAAACCACAGUUUCGCCAAAUCACAAUGAAACAUGUUCAGAACAUUUAUUUUAUUGUUUAUGGGCCGUGUAAGAAGAUGGUUACAUUCCGUUUACUACAGAUUCUUAACUGUGGCAUUACCAGCUCGGAACUAAUGAGUUCACUUGUGUCUUGGGUGAUCGCUUUGGGGUGCUUGUAUACAAUGGGCGUAGCAAGAAGCAUUAACAUACGACAAGCUUAAAGUUGCCUUAUUAUAAGCUGUCUAUUAGUACUCCAAACAUAUGGUGGUACAUUGAAUGUUUGUAUGAUAUUUAUUUUAAGGUUGUAAUUAUAUAAUAUAUAUUGUCUUGCAAAACUAUGUUUGGAAAUAAACCAGCUGACCAAAAUGCUCUAUUUAAAUACUGAGUUAUUGUUUGUAUCACUAACAAGAAGAAACCCUAAAUUUUUAUAAAACAUUGUUUUUAUGAAAACAUUAUGUUGUAUGUAUUAUUUAUAUUUACAUGCUCAUAUGUUACUUGUAUUAUUUUUA